UGGUCCAGCAAAUAAACAGCGCACGGUGGGAAGUGUUACAAAACAGGCUAUUGUUUUGUAAUCGAUUUUCGUCUGUUGUUUUCUAAUUUUUUUUACCAUGCUUAAGUUAGAAAACGGUCGGGGAUUAGUGAAGAAUCACGCCGCAAAAUCGAUCUCUUGGUGUGUCAUGUGGACUUAAACCUGUCAUGUGCACGGUCCUCGUGUAUUUCCGUCGCAUCGUACCAUCCACCCAUUUUCAAUGUUGUGUUGGACACUGGCCCAUCUGUAUCGCAGGGCAAUCUUCACAUCAUCCGUAUCACGAUCGUUGUAUCCUUUCGCAGGAUAUUCUAUCCGCCACGGUUCAAACUUUACGCCGAAGCAGCGUUUCACCAUGCGGACCGCCUAUUUCAAACAGCUGCCCGGUGAGGAGCAGUGUCAGAUCAGCUUUCACCUGCUGCUCGACCAGUACAAGAUAGACAAAGUGUUCAACUUUAAUCGCAGUCUGACCGAGCAGAUUGACAACAGCCUGGAACGGAUUCGGGCGAACGUGGAGAAAGAGUUCCAGAAGAAAAAUAAACGGAAAAAGGCAAAAAAGCAACCAACGCAACCAACCGACGAUAAUGCACCAGCUGGCGACCAGAACACAUCGGUACCGGCAGACGUACCGAUAGUCGUGUCUCUCGGUACGGAUGAGGAAAAGAUUACCAAUAUGACCAUCGCAGAUAUACUAGCAAAGUUUGACGCUGGCCAAUACCCAAAUGUGCAGCUUACUAUACUAGACGAAAACUUCCAAGUUUCCUACAACAGUCCAGAGGUACAUACGGUCAAAUUGCCUACAUCAAUGUUGGCUGAUUUUUAUGUGUGUCCAUCCCGGCUCGAACUGCAUUUUGCAACACGCGAAUGUAGCACGUACAGUUGGUCCAGAGGACAGAUGCCAGAGUCGGGCAAUGCGCAACAAAUCCACUGGGAGCAGGUCAGCACGGAGUUGACGUACAUGGUACAGAAGACUGACGUUGGGUAUCAUCUAAAGUUUAGCUGCACACCGAAGGAUUCCGCUGGGCGGACUGGUCCAACGAUGGAAAUUAUCUCGCCGCAACCGGUACAGGCCGGACCGGGGCUGUGCCCGUUCGAGGUGCGCCAUCUGUUUACACAGCAGAAGCUAAAGGAUGGCCAGUUUCGAGUGGUGUCUUACAAUUUACUUGCCGAGCUGUACUCCGACAGCGACUACAGUCGGACUGUUCUGUUCGCUUAUACACCACCGUACGCGCUAGAAAUCGAUUACAGGAAGCAACUGUUCGUAAAGGAACUACUCGGCUACCGGGCAGAUAUCGUAUGUUUGCAGGAGGUGGACACAAAAAUAUUCAGCCUGGAUUUGGUGCCUAUUUUUCAACAGAAAAACCUUGCCGGUCACUAUCAAGCAAAGCGCAAUGUUGCAGAAGGUUUGGCAACGUUUUACGAUGUGAAUAAGUUCGAGCUACUCGAAAAGGAUGGCGUUAUCAUCAGCGAGAUUUUGCAACGUUAUCCGGAGCUAUGGAACCAGAUAAAGGAUAACAAACCGUUGGUAGAUCGGAUCGAGAACAGAUCGACCGCUUUGCAGCUUACCCUUUUGCGUAGUAAACACGAUACGAGCAAGCAUUUGCUAGUGGCCAAUACGCAUCUGUAUUUCAGCCCAGAUGCUGACCAUGUGCGUUUGCUACAGAUAGGGUACGCCAUGCUGUACAUACGCGAACAGUACGAACGGAUCGGUCAACAGUACAAUUUACAGGAGUCCGCAUUAGCUUUGCUGUUUUGUGGCGACUUUAACUCGGUGCCGGAGUGUGGCAUCUACAAGCUCAUGACGGAACGCUUUGUUGGGCCGGACUUUGCCGACUGGGAAAGCAAUACGGAGGAAGCGGCCAAAAACGUUACACUAUCGCAACCGUUCAAGAUGGCUUCGGCCUGUGGAUGUCCAGAGUUUACUAAUUAUACGGUGGGAUUCGCUGCAUGCAUUGACUACAUCUUCUACCAGAAAGGAUUUUUGAACGUGAACGAUGUUAUUCCGAUGCCAAGCCGAGAAGAGCUAUCGAUGUAUGAAGCAAUACCUUCGCCCGUCUUUCCUUCGGAUCACGUUGCGCUGGUCGCAAACUUGGAGUGGACCGGGUAGAUUGGUUUAAGCGUUUCACAGAACAUUGAAACGAAAGUUUGCUUAAUUCAUUUGGUCAUCAAAAGCUUGAGCCGUUGUUGUAAAAUCUGGAUGCAAUAUAAAUUAUGCAAAAAAGGUUCA